GGCGCUCGAGGCGACGCGCGACGGGCCGCGCUUGGUUUUUCUCAUCCUUCCUUUGAGUUUCACCAUCUUUACCAGCAACCAUGGUUUAAUCAAUUAGUAACACAGAAGAAUCAUUAAUUAGGAGAAAAUGUCAAAUCUAAAAAUGAAAGAGGCAGCCCUUAUCUAUCUUGACAGAAGUGGAGGCCUCCAAAAGUUUAUAGACGAUUGCAAGUACUACAAUGAUUCAAAACAAAGUUAUGCUGUCUAUCGAUUCAAUAUUUUAAUAAAUCCCUCUGAUGUUGUUGAAUUAGACGCUGAACUUGGAAAUCACAUUUUACACCAACCUUUAAAAGCUGCUGAAGUUUUUCAAUCAGUCUGUUUUAUUGCUGUGAAGACUCUCUCAUUAAUUGGACAAUUACAAACUGAAACUCAAAUUAAUAUAGUGCUGAAAUUAACACAUUUACCUCCUCUGCCAAGUUAUGGUCUUGAUCUUUGUGAGUUUCCACUUGAUUAUACAUCUCAAAGAUUUUAUAUGAUGCAAGGGAUUGUGAUCGCAAUGACAACUGUAACCAAGUAUACACAAGGUGCGAGAUUCCUUUGUUCAGAUGAAGCAUGUCCUCUCUCAAAAGGAUUUCAGUAUAUAAGAGUGCAUGUGCCUGGUGCUACAGAAUCUGCAACUGUAAGAAACGACUUUUUGUGUAAUCUGUGUGCAUCUUCACUUCAAGAAGACAGAAAAUUUAGAGUACUUGGUGAUAAACAGAUAGUUGAAAUAAUUACCACAAAGGCACUUCAUGCUUUUCAAGGAUAUUCUAACAACCAGCCAUUUAGGUUUCAAUCUCUUACAAUUUUCCUAAGAGAUGAGUCAGUUAAUAAAAUGAAUAUAGGAAGUGAAUAUAAAAUUAUUGGAAUUCCAACCUGUCUAAAAACCUCACAAACUGCUGUCUGUAUGGAAGCAAAUAGCAUCACUCUUUGCAAUCCAAGAGUUCCUUCAGGAAUUAGUGACAACUUCAAGUGUCUCCUCUCCUUGACUUCCUGCUCAUGCUGGAAGUUUACAGCAAUACUUGCCAAUAUCUUUGCAUCACAUAUUGUUCCUUCUGGGACUUACAAUUUGCUCAAGCUCUGUUUGUUGAUGAGUCUAGUACAGACAAGUGACCAUAACAAGGAACUGGAAGAUUGCCUAGAUAUUUUAAUUAUAACAAGUGAUACUCUACUUAUACACAGGCUUUUGAAUUUUAGCAUAAAUCUUGUUCCUCGUGGUAUACGUCAUCCAGUCUCUACUGAAAUUUUUCCUACACUGUCCAGGAAUAAGUAUGGAACUGGAGCGGUUAGCAUUCAAGCUGGCAGUGCUUUGCUAGCUAAAGGUGGUAUCUGCUUUAUAGGAGACUUGGCUUCACACAAAAAGGAUAAACUUGAACAGCUUCAAUCAGUUCUAGAGAGCAGAAGCAUUACAGUAUACAUCCCAGGAAAGAAGUUUGGGGAUGACAUUGAUCAACAAAUGACUUUUCAACUUCAGUGCAGUUUUUGGUCUUUUGUUGAUGUGGAUUCAUCUUCAAAGAGAAAUGCACAGAAAACUAACACUCUAAUUGGUCAGAUGGAUUGCAGUUUGAUUCCAGCUAACCUUGUGGAGGCAUUUGGAUUACUAAUUAACUGCAACGAAUCAUCUCCUUGCUACCCACUUCUUCCUAUAGUGCAACAUACUUUAAAGAAGGCCAUUGAUCCUGAAGGGCUUCUUUAUGUAGCUUCUAAACAGUUCACAACUGAAGAUUUUGAAAAGCUACUGGCUUUUGCAAAGAAUUUGAACGUAGAAUUCAGCUUGGAGGCAGAAAGAAUGAUUCAUGGCUAUUAUUUAGCAAGUCGCCGAGUCAGAACAGAUUCUAUAUGUGGAUCAAAAUUGUCAGCAUCUGCAUUAAAAUAUUUAGUUUCCUUAUCUGAAGCCCAUGCUCGACUAAACUUACGGAAUAAAGUACUUAAAGAAGAUGUACUAAUUGCAGCCUUAGUAUUUGAAACAUCUCUCACAUUGAAAUAUGGGGCCACUGUAUUUUGUGUUGCUCCAAAUGCAGUAUUUCCUUUUGAACUGUAUAACGAAGAAUAUUUAGAGCAAAGAGAUCUAUAUCUGACUCAAUGCCAACAACAGUUCCAACAGUUUAUUGCCACAUAUGGACCUGGGCCAGCUAUUUUCUCUAGUGAUGAAUAACU